CAAGAAUGUUAAGCUGGCGAGAAAUUGCUGUUUUCGUGGCCACCAUCGCCAUUUCAUUGGCUAUUCAAGAUGAUACACAUUUCAGUGAAAGCAUCCUAUGUGAACCAAGGUGUGCAACCGGCUUUACCAGAUUUAAAACACAAUGCUAUGUAGUUCCUGACGCCAGUGUAACAUGGGGCGACGCAUUGGAAUUCUGCCACACUUUCGAUUCAGAAUUAGUCAGAGUUGAUGAUGAAGAAGAACAGAAUUUCUUGGAGGGUUAUCUGACAAAAAAACGAGCCAGUCAUUUCUGGAUCGCUGCUACUGAUUUGACUUUUGAAGGCGAUUGGAGAUGGUGUAACACUAUGGGUCCAGUAGUAAAAACAUUUUGGGGGCCUUACCAACCUGAUAAUAAAAUGAACAGAAAGGGCCACGUUCAAGAUUGCGUGGUGCUGAGUGAUAGAACCCAUUAUAGAUGGUAUGACGAGGAUUGUGAACAAAAAUACCAUUUUGUUUGUGAAAAGCCUAUCUAUUAAGCAGGUUUGAAGAGAAAUGUAGAUUACUUCUAAAUAAAGAUUGUGUUAUGUACAA